AUGAGCUCUCCUUCCCCGUCAAACAACACACCGCCCUACCCUCAAGGUCCUCCGGCCGGUCGCAGGGCCUCUAAGAGAAGCAAACUGCGCGUUGGAACCUUUAUUGAGCCCUCCACAGGCGAGCAAUCUCGACGCACUUUUACCCUACGGCUACCACUCCGGAGGAGAAGUAUACAGGCUUCUCUCAACGGGAAUGGCGCGUCCGCGAGCACGGCCAUAUUACCCGUCUUUUCGGACCAGGAACAGUCCAUCUCAGAACGCUCCCGUGCCGCGGCGCACAACCUGCGAGCGGGCGUGGUCCGAGGGUUCCGAUGGCUGAACUCCCCCACGGGCCGCGGAGUGCUCAAGUGCACUCUGGCCUACACGAUCGCAAGUCUAGCCACGUUCUUGGCCCCGAUUUCCGACUUCCUCGGCAAACCGGACGGCAAGCAUGUAGUCGCGACCAUCACGGUCUAUUUUCACCCGGCGAGGUCCGCUGGCUCCAUGAUAGAGGCUAUUCUCAUUGCUAUCGUUGCCGUGGCCUACGCGCAGGUGGUUUCCAUCCUGUCCAUGUGCACCUCGGUUCUCUUUGGCAAUGUCUGGGGCAAUCCUGCUCUGGCCCACAUCCUGGUUCUGGUUAUCUUUAUUGGUGGCGGGUUUGGCUUCAUUGGUUGGCUUAAGCAGAGAAUGAACAACCCGCUGGUCAAUGUGGGCUCUACCUUGGCCUCGCUUGCCAUCAUUGGUGUUGUCACCAAGGAAACGGCUGUGCUUACCAGCGUCUUCUCCAAUCAGAAGAUCAUACAGAUCCUCAAGAUGCUCGUCAUGGGCAUCACCAUCACUACCCUGGUCAAUCUGCUUGUCUGGCGCGUUUCUGCCGUUCACUUGCUCCGAAAGUCCAUGACCCAGACCUCCGCUGCCCUGGGAGAUAUGCUUGCUAUGAUCACUCAUGGUUUCCUCAGCGGAGCCGAAGAUGAGCUCCUCUCAAGAGAGUUCAAUGCCGCGUCAGCUGCGUACAAGUCGGUAUACCCGCAACUGACUAAGAAUCUGCGUGAGGCAAAGUUUGAGCGGUACUUCCUGGGCCAGGAAAAGAUAUACCAGCUUGAUAGAGCGGUUGUCAAGUCUAUGGAAACCCUCGCUCAGUCCAUCGGUGGGCUCAGAAGUGCAGCUAACACACAGUUUGCCCUACUGAAGGAGUCAUUCGAACAGGCCGACCAGCCACUUUUGUCACCCAGAAUGCAGCGGACGGCAUCCACCAUUCUCAAAAGUGGAAAGGACCGGUCAUCGGUUCUGCAAGCUAUUCGGGAGGCUUCUGACGAAGGUGAUGAUGAUAGAGUCCUACCUGGCAACAGACGCCGCUCUGAUGUGUCUAUUGCACCCUCAUUCCGCAAUUCGGGCGAGAUCUUCGAGCUUUUUAUUGCACUCUUGGGACCUUCUAUGAAGUCACUAGCCUACACGCUCUCUGAAGUGCUUCGCGAUCCACCCUUUGGAUCUGCCCCGAAAUACGAGAUCCUGAUUAAUGACCAGUUCCGCCAGAGUCUUACUGAUGCUCUGGGUCUAUUUAACGAUGCGAGAGCUAGAGCCCUCCAUGAGUUGUACAAGUACCUCGAGAUGGACCGGACGAGAUCGGAACAGAUACAAGCUGACUUUGAAGAAGUUGCGGCAGCAUGCGGGCACUUCAGUUUCAGCCUGCAGUCCUUUGCGGAGGAAAUGCAAAAGUAUCUGGACGUGCUGGAUGACCUGAAGCAUGAGAGCCAAUUCAAGAGGCGUAGCUGGCACUGGCUUGUCUGGUGGAGGAGCAAGGAUCACCAUAGUCGGUUCUUUCCUGCCUUGCCGUACAACCAGGUGCCUGAGGAGCAAGAGGGCUUGAUCAAGCCGAUCAAGAAGACAGCCAUCCCCAAGGGCAUUCCUGAUUCGAUGGUCCAACGGAGGGAUACGAGACUGGCAAGAGACGAUGUUCGCUUCGGUCUCAAGGUCGGUAUUGGUGCCAUCCUGUGGGCAAUGUUCGCCUUCAUUCCUCAGACGAGAGACACCUACCAACACUGGCGAGGCGAAUGGGGCUUCCUCUCCUUCAUGAUCGUCUGUUCCAUGACCGUGGGCGCAGCCAACACUACUGGUUGGGCUAGGUUCCUCGGGACUAUGAUUGGCGCAGGAGCAGCCUACGUGAAUUGGAACGUCACCCACGGCAAUGCUUUGGGGCUGAUUGUCCUCGGCUGGCUGAUGGCUUUUUGGAGUUUCUGGAUUAUGAUAGCGCGCGGCCAGGCUCCCCUGGGGCGCAUCACCUUGCUCGCCUACAACGUCUCAACACUCUACGCAUACUCCCUCUCCCAAAAGGUUGACGACGACGAUGAUGACGAAGGCGGUUCGCAUCCCAUCAUCGGCGAGAUCGUCCGACACAGGUUCAUUGCUGUUACCGCCGGCAUCCUCUGGGGCCUGAUUGUCUGCCGUGUGAUCUGGCCCAUCUCGGCCCGCAAGAAGUUCCACCAAGGUCUGAGCAUGCUCUACCUGCAAAUGGGUCUGAUCUGGAAGCGCGGCCCGCUCGCCAUUCUUCUGAGAAGCGACUGCAGCCGCUCCUACCUCAAAUCCGGCGAGAUGACAGCCCUGAAAAAAUACGCCGCCCGCCUCGACGCCCUCCGCGCCAGCGCCGUCUCCGAGUUCCAGCUCCGCGGGCCCUUCCCCGCUGCCCAGGCCAGCCGCCUGAUGCAAUGCGCCAGCCGCCUGCUCGACGCCUUCUACGCGAUGUCCCUCGUUACGCAACGCAGGGGCCAUCUGACCGAGGGCGAGCGAGCCUUGCUGCUGUACACCGCGGAGGAAAGAAAAGCACUCUGCGAUCGCAUCUGCCACGUCUUCCAGGUCCUCGCCUCCUCGCUCAUGCUCGAAUACCCCCUCACGGACGCCAUCCCCUCCGUUUUGGGGCAGCGCGACAAGCUCCUGGCCAAGAUCUUUCUGUUCAGAAAGGAACACAUGCCUUCCCGUACCCUGCAAAACCUCAACACUGACCGAGACCGGGCCCCAGAGUCACCUACAGCUGCUGGGCGAGCUAACAGCUACGUCACAGCGGCUUCCAGUCUCAGUUUCGGACCUACUAGUUUCGGCCAGAACACGGGGAACGGGAGCUGGAAUAAUAGCUUGAGGGGAAGCAUUGAUGAGAGCUUGGAAGCCAGCAGUGUACACAUGAACCCUUUGGCGCACGUCACACUGGAGGAACGCGAUUAUGCCCUGCUUUAUGCUUAUGCGCUGGUGACGGGGCAGGUGGCGGAGGAGUUAUCGGAGGUGGCGAAGGAGAUUGAGGGGCUGUUUGGAGUUUUGGAUAAGGAGUCUAUUCUUCUGCAGUAG